UUUAGAGUAAAGACAUAUUGAGAUAAAAAAAAAUAUGGCCACUAUAAUACUGGUGACUAUAAGCUGAGAUCAUAUGGCUACUUGUGAAGAAAGUCAGCUGGUUUUUGCAAUUUCAGGUGGGAACCGUAAUUGACUUACCGGCCUUAACAGGCCAAACGCAGAAUUUUCACCCACCAAGUCUGAAGGGUGAGGGCAAUCCAGAUAAUGUCAUGUAUAUAUUUUUAUUAAACGUCUCGAUAGAGCGAUAUAAUGCGUCCUUUUAAAUAAACCCAGCUGUUAAGAAAAGUUCAUUAGUUAGACCGUAGUCAGUAUUUAUAUGAAACCGUUUAGUUCAUAAACCUGACUUUUAUCAAGAUAUUUGUGUCAGUACUUUGAUUCAGUGUAAAAAAGCAGACAUUUGUAAUUGAUUUUACAUCGCUGUCUUGUUACACAGCUAUCUGUGAUUUAGACUUACAUUCUUAUGGCGGAAGGGUUGAAAAUGAUCACGUCACGUGAUGGAAUAGCAACAGUGCAUAUGACCAAUGGAGAGAAUCGUUUUCGAUUGUCGUUUGUUAAUGCUUGGAUGAAAAUACUGGAUGAAAUAGAAAAGAACAGUGGUAUAAAAGGAGUAAUAAUAACAGGAAAUGAGAAAUACUUCAGUCUGGGUCUCGAUGUUGCUUAUCUUAGCACACAGACUGCAGAGUAUUUAGAGGAAACGAGAAUCAGCACAGCAAAGCUCUACAAACGAGUAACUCAGUUACCAGUCCCAACUGUUGCCGCAAUUAAUGGUCAUUGUUUUGGCGCUGGUUCAUUCCUUGCAUUAGCAUGUGACUACAGGGUGAUGCGAUCAGAUCGAGGCUGGUUGUGUUGGCCGGAAGUUGCAUUGAACAUGCGCAUCCCUCCAUACAACAUUCAUUUAUUACGUCUUAAGUUUCCAGUAGGAAAAGCAAUACGGGAUGCGGUAUUACUCGGGAAACGGCUUACUGCACGAGAUUCACAUGAUCUGCAGUUAGUGGACAUAGUGUCAUCACCGGAGACUUUGAACGAUGACGCUACAAAACUGCUUCAUGAAGCUCUUGGUAAAAGCGGUAUUGACAGACAAUCAUUGAAGCAAAUGAAAACUGACAUUUAUGAUUUCCCUGGCCAUCUUUUUGCCGACAAUACAGCAAAACUGUAGUUUAGGUUAAACCGUGCAAUGUUUUUGUCCUUGGUUUUUACACCGUCCAACGGUGGACUUUGUGAGAAUAUGUGAUUUGGAUAUUUUUUUUUAUUCAGGAACUUGGCCAAUAUGGACAGCAGCCUUGUAAAGGCGACAAACAUUUAAAUGCAAAUACAUGUACAUAGAACAAAGCGUAUACAUGUAAUAAUACAUAGCAGACACCAUAACAUCUUACUGUAGGUCUACUGGGAAUGUAACAUUCCUGUUUACUACAAUAUAAUCACGAAAUCGUGUUUGUUCAACGGUUCAAAAAUCAAUUGCGAUUUAUUUAAAACGUGUACAAACUUGUUUUAGAUCUGUGACAAGUUUUUGUUAUGUAUUUAUAAGCACUUCCUUAUAUAUUGUGUAGUAGAGUUGAAUAGUGAGUUCUAAUCACUGUUACAUAUAAUAACCAGAUCUUGAUUUGAUUCCGGAUAACUUGAUUUUAUACCAGUAUAUCAAUGAUUGUAUGUCAUAUUAAAAAUGAUAACAGACACAAAAUGUUUUGUCCGUAGAUGUAGAAAAAAUCCUUAGAACUUUGAAGACAAAUAAAGACUUUGCUUUCUUGUUAAACCACUGUUGCAAACACUGAGUCAACCCCAGUGUCCAUAUGCCAAAUAAUACUUCCAAGGCCUGGUCAUUGAGUUUCAUAGAUGUAUCAUGCUUUAAGAGAAAUAUGUCGCAGGGCUUUCAGAAGGGUAAAGCAACAAGCGUCUGAUACACAUUUUGAUAGUUUCGCAGUGGCAUAACUAGGUUAUUGACCGGUGGAUGUUUUAUCGUCAGUCCACAUAUGGGAAUUCUUUCGACAAUUUACCCGUAUCAUGAGUAUAUGCCUGUCAUAAAAAAAUCUUCAAAAGGUCUUCAUCAACUGUUGGAUCUUAAACUCUUGUAGGUAUCAAAUUAUGAAUGGGAAAGACAUCACUUUUUAUGUACUUGUCUCUAGCAGGUCAACAGCUCAUCGGUAUAGUGCAAGCAUCCAGUAUUUCUCUUUCUUGGACCUUGUGAAUUUUUCGCCUGUUCUGACGAGGCACUGAUUGUAGGUUCUACCUAAAAGAAUUAAAUGUUAUUGUUACAUUUAUACUUAAAACGAUAGGCAUAGUCGAAUACCAUUUAACAGUAAACGCAAAACUAUGUAUAAGCAAUUCUAUCUCCGGUGUCGCAAUUUGAGCACUGGAUACAUUUUGGCUCAUUUUAUCAAUGUCUUCGCUCUUCCAGUGGAUUAAACAUUAUGUAAAAUACGAUGAUAUAAUAUUUAAAUGUUUUGUUUGCUAUAUUUUCCUUUUGAAUGGAUAGUUGAUCACGAAAAUAACAUUUAUGUACAGCAUUAUGGUAUCUCAA